AUGUUAUCCGUACGAGCGAGGGUCGCGCGUGUAGUGCUGCCCUUCUCGACAACUUCGUAAGCGGCAUUCAACUGACAUCCCGGAACACUCGUCGGCGGUUCGUAGGUCCGACUGCUGGAAACUGUCGAUCCCGGCUUGCCUUUAUGUCAUCCAAAACAAUGUGAGUUCUUGAUACGCAUUGCAGUGUGCGUGCAGCUUCAGUUCGUAGUAGCGGCCAGCUGUCUCGACGUCCCGACAUUUCAGGUCACAUUUGUGAGUUGACGCGCCAUCAAUCAGUUGCUUGCAAGCGAAGAACAAAGACCUAAGUCUUUCUUGGCGUGAUCGCAGAACCUCAAAAUCUUGACGACCGCUCUGUUCUCGGUCAUACUUUUGCGGAAACGACUAUCGGCCAAGAAGUGGCUCGCCCUCUCUUUGCUCGCCACCGGGGUCGGUGUCGUUCAAUUGCAGACGUCCGCUGUCAAGGAAGUGGCUUCUAACGCUGUUGGCGAUGCGCACCUGAAACGCCUUGAUGGCCUUGUAGCUGUGGGUGCGGCAUGCAUGACGAGUGGACUGGCGGGCGUGUAUUUUGAGCUCGUGCUCAAAGGAUCCCAGGUCGACCUCUGGGUCCGCAAUGUUCAACUUUCGUGCUUCUCAAUUGUUCCCGCACUACGCCCCGUCUUUUUUUCCGACUUCACACCCUUCAACAGCAGCGGUGCGCCCCCCACAUUACCCCCGGGGAACGAAUCGCGGCCGCUAUUUGCAUACUUUGGCCUGUGGGCCUGGGCUGCAGUGUUGUGAUGAUGCAGGUGGUUGGCGAUCUUGUUACCGCGUUGGUCAUCAAAUUCAGGUGAGUUUACACAGUGACACGGAUUCCCGGAAGAUCUGGCGGUAGUGACACGUGCGGACGCUGACGGCAACCCGGACAAACGCUGUGACAGUGACAACAUCAUGAACUUGGCUUUGCGACCUCGCUCGCUAUUAUUCUUUUUUUCAUCGCCGGCAUGAUUAUAUUCGACUUUCACGUCACCCAGCCUUCCUCGUUGGCACAUGUCUCGUCGUUGGAGCGACCUAUCUGUACAACCAACCCGAGAGUCAACCACGACUCAGAGCCGUGGACUCCUCGGCCGCCGCCGCUUUUCCUCUCGCCCCCAUUUCCGCAAGAUCGCAUGGACCGCAGAUACCCAUCGUCGUAUGA